UUUAAAUAGCCUCAUCCAAUCGUAUUUGCGGUUACAAUUUUAUUUACAAAUGGCGCAGAAAUGUAAAUUGCCAAAGAAAUCCAACAGUUCCUAGCUUUAUUGAAAAAAUGUCGUUUGUGCGAAUUGGAGGCAGAAACCCACCAAGAAAGAAGAAGACAUGUAAACCCAGACCUUGGGAUGACACAGUAAAUGAUUUAGAUGCCUACAAGGCUACACCUGAAGAAAUUGCAUACAGGAAAGCUUCACAUAGAUCAAAACAUGCUGUGUCUACACAUCUUACAAGACCUGGAUCUGCAAGGAAAGGUAAAAGAGCCAGUCCAUUCAAAAACAACUCACAGGCUCGUAAAAUUGCCAUCAUGAAGGAAGUUCUCUAUGACCAAAAACAGCUACAGGAAGUACUGGAAAAGUCAGACACUAUGAUGGCUGUUGUCAAAGACUUGUUUGGAGAUGAUCCAAGGAGGUUUGCAGGUAUCCCAUCUGUAACAACUGCACCAAACUCCCGGAAAGCAGACGUAGCUUCCUCUCUGAUAAAUCUACCUCCAGAUAUAAGAACUCGGACUGAAGAUAUCAGUGAUUUAAUGAUGAAUCAGUCUGCACUUAAUGAACUUCAAGACUCAGGAUCUGACCUAGAUGAAUCUCAUCCAGUGCCAUUGUCUUACCAGCCAAAAAUGAACAUGCAGAGAUUCCAGCAAUUUAUUGAAGCCGAAGAGAAAAAUACCACUCUGAGCACAAUUAGCGGACAGGCAGGCAUGAGUCAUCUGGGUCAGAUGUUGUCAAGUCAGCUCAACAGUAGAAAUAUCCAGAGUUCUCAACUACCUGAUCAGACAGAAUUAACAUCAAAAGAUGGUUCAUUUCGUACACCACCAAAGAACAAGAAAGACCCAAAUGAAUCAAUAGAAAUUUUACAGCCACCAAAAUCAGCUAUGAAUGAUACAAACAAGAUCAAUAAAACCAAAGGAAGAGUUCCAAAACCACAGCCAGAACAGAACACAUCAAACCUCAGUCUCAAUGAAUUAAGAAAGGUUUUAGAAACAUUAGAAGAUGAAGUAGCAGAGUACGAGCGUCUGACAGGUCGUCGACCUCCAGCGGAACGUCACAGGCAGGAGUCGUUCUCCGGUUACACUCUAGCUAUUGUGGACUCAGUAACAAAACUGACACGCUACCUUAGGGAAUGUGAACUACGUUUGCAUGCUGAAGUCACUGUCAGGGAACAGCUUGCACAGGAUGUUGUGCAAUUUAAAGCAUUGGUUGAUGCAUUAACUUCUGAUAUUAUUCUUACACAAGAGGAAUUCCACACUAUGGCAUCUGAGUUCCGGAAAUUCAGACAAGACACACAGGCUGAAAUACAGAGAUUGAAGGGUGAACAGCCCCAGUCCUCACAGCAGUGGAGCCCGGCUCAGUCAGUGAACUCCAAUCCUGCAGAACCAGUUCAGACCCAGACACCACCAAAAGCCCAGCAACGUCAAGAUAUACAAAAUAUGCCUAGUAAGCAGCCAUUUGGAGAUCAUCUGAAGCCUGUUUCUGCUGCUGUUAUGUUAUCUCCCCCUGUGAGAAGGUCAAGAGUUAUAGAACCUGAGAGACAAGUUGCUAGGCAGCAGGGUUCCUUGUUAGACUAUCAGGACUAUGUUUCAAGUGUGGAUAGUUCUGCCUUGCAAGAAGAUUUUGCUGAGCUGCCGGGUCUUUGUACAACAAGUCUUGCUCAAGUCAUCAACCCAAACACUGGUCCCCUGCAGACAAACAGACUACCGAGUGAGGAACCAGCUUCUCAGUCACAGGUUAGACUUCCUGUAUCAGUGUCAGUGAACUCUGUAAAUGUUCCCAGACCUACACCACUAGUUCAGAGCAAUGUAGGAAUACCUCUACCUUCGGACUCUACUGGGCUCCCGUCCAGAAGUUCUCAACAAUUACCACUGUCAUUUUAUGAGAAAAAUCAACCAAUAACUGUAAUACCCAAAGACAGGCCUCAGACAUUGCAAAGGAUACAUGACCAGAAUAGCGUGUCAUCACAAGACCAAUCUGAUUCUUCAGAAAGGUCACAUGACCCAAUGGUUCCUGGUUCAGACAGAGAUUUUCUUGCCUCACAAAUUGCCGAGCUGAAUAAGCAACAUGCUGAAGCUCAGAAGAGAUUAAAUAGUUUAAUGCAUCAGCAGCAGGCUGCUCAGAGUCAAGGUCAAGAUGUAUUAAUACAACAGCAACAACAACAAAUUCAACAGCAGCAGGGUCAAGAAGCAAGACAGCAGGUUGUAGAAAAUCAACAACGGAUUCAACAGCAACAGCUGCAGCAUGAGCAGCAACAGAGACUUAUUGAAAUGGUCAUGCAGCAACAGCAAAGAAUUCAUGAACAGCAACAGCAACAGAAACUUCAGCAGCAGCAGCUUGAGGAGCAGCAACAGUUGCAGCAGCAAGUACAGCAGAAUCAUCGCCCCAGACCAACUAUACCAGCUGAGAUGACAAAUGGAACGACAACUGUCAGACAGUCAACAGAAUUACCAGGAUACAGACCUGUACAGAAACGGACUGGUCUUCCAGCAUAUCCAGUGUCUCCAAAUAUUUCACCAAUAUCCCAGAGAUCUGAGAGUUACAAAAUGAUGUUCCAGUCAGUUGAUAGUCAGAAUGCGAGUGUGAGUGCUCCAAUGGGUAGGGGAAUUACUGUAUCUGUAUCUAUACCAAAAGUUGAUAUGGAUCAGUCAGGGGGUAGUCCUUCACCUAACCCACCACGCACUGCCAGAUAGAACUUACUUUCUAGAUUCACUGUUCAACAUCAUUUUGUGGGAAGUCAGUCACCAGGGCAUAAAAGAUGGCAUGUGCUUGAGGACCAUUCAGUACCUUAUGAAAAUUGAUGGCUAAUUCAUUUAGUUUAUCUAUGUCAGUUUACUAUUACAUUAAGUUGUGACACUAAGUACCAUGUUACUUGAAUAUACUCUGGAGUUCAUGUGUAACAUUUAAUAUAUUUAAUUUUGAUGUUGCUUUUUUGCAACACAACCAUGCGCUUUUGUUAGGUUUAGAAUUGACUGUAAGUAACUACAUAGAUUGUUAUUGUAUUAAAGCAGAUGCUAAAAACAUCACAGUAGCAGGGUCAACACCUCAUGUGGCCUUUGUUAUGCAAAAUUUUAUUUUGUCUGGUGUAUUUAAGACUUAAAGUAUGUGGAAAAAGCUGUAACCUGUCUGUGAUAGUGUUCAUAUGUAAAAUCAUAUUUCCAUUUUAUAUUAAAAUGGAACAAAAUGUGAUUGUCAGUAUAAAGAUAUAUAGUAAAUAUAAUUUAAAUUGUAUUGCAUUGAUACUAGUAAGAUUUUUGUUUUGUACAGUAGUGUCUGACCUUUUACAGAUGCUUGUAACCUUAGAAAGAAAUAAAAACAGCAUACAGUUGGCA